AUGGUUCUUUUCGAACUUGUUUUGUUGGCUUUAGGAUUAAUUCCUCUUGGUUUUUUGGCGUUGUUUGUGUAAGUAUUCUAGCUAAAAUUACGUUCGUUUUAUGAAUAUAAUAUAUAUUUGAUAGUUUUCAGAAUAGCACAGUUAUAUCCAUAUCCUCGUCGAAAUGCAGUUGAAUAUGCCAUUCGAGAAAGAAGGAAGUACAAACCUGAAGGAGAAGGAGACAAAUUUGAUUCACUACUUCACGGAAAUGCCAAAGAAUUGAAAGAUCUUCAGGUUUCGGAAGCAAAAUGUUAUCUAUCGGUUGUUGUGCCAGCUAUGAACGAAGAGGUAAGACUUAUUUUGUUUUUUUAUUCUUUAGGUAAAACCUACUCAAUGUAUUACAACAACGAAAACUAUUAUAUUUCAAUAUAUUUAAAUUUUUAGGAGCGAUUGCCUAUUAUGUUGAACGAAUGUCUAGAAUAUUUACAAAAACGUGAGAAAGAUGACAAAAACUUUACUUACGAAGUAAUAGUGGUUGACGAUGGCUCUUCUGAUAGAACUUGUGAUGUUGCUUACGGAUACUCUGAAAAAGGAUUCAAUUUGAGCGUAUAUAAACUGGAGAAGAAUGCUGGAAAGGGAGGAGCGAUUAGGAACGGAGUCUUCUGUGCUCGUGGAGAAUAUAUUCUCUUCGCCGACGCUGAUGGAGCUACAAAGUUUUCUGACUUUUUAAAGUUGGAGGAAGUGUUGAAGACUGAAGAACAAGAUGUGAAAACAGGUCAGAAUGAACAGAAUAGAGGCCAGAAGGAAAUUGUAGUAGUAGGAUCACGAGCUCAUUUGGAGAAAGAUUCGAUUUCUGAAAGAAGUUUGUUGAGAACGAUUCUGAUGAUUGGCUUUCAUUGUUUGGUAUACGUGUUUGCUGUACGAAGUGUUAGGGAUACUCAAUGUGGAUUCAAAUUGUUUUCGAGAAAAGCUGCUGCUUUUGUAAGUACUUUUACUACAAUAUUUUUACUCUUGCAAUAGACUUUUUUUAUAAAUAAUAACUUUUUUAAAGCUAUCUAUCAUGAUGUAGUAAUUAUUUUAGCUAUUCCCAAGAAUUCACGUCGAACGAUGGGCUUUUGAUGUAGAAUUACUGUACAUAUCCGAAGUAACGAAGAUCUCUGUUCAUGAAGUGUCAGUGCAAUGGCACGAAGUCGACGGGUCGAAGUUGGCGCCCUUAUGGACGUCGAUCGAGAUGGGCAGGGACAUCUUGCUAAUAUGGGUUCGAUACUGGUCAGGGAUUUGGAACGUUGCAAAAUAAUUUAUAUUUCUAAUUUAUAUAUUUAAAGACUAUUAAAUAUGAUUACUGUAAAUUGUACUUGUAAAAAUGACUGUUUUUAUCAGUCGGAUUUAUUUGAAUAUUUAAUAAUUUUGAUUAUGUGUCUGCUGACAUAUUUUUUAAUUUGUACUAUCGUGGUUAUUUUGGAUUGGAUUGUUAUUGUAUACGCUAUAUAUUUGUAUUUAGAUGGUGCGAAAAGUUAAGCAAGAGAUGAUGGAGGUGGACGAGGAGCGGGAUGCUUAUUUAGAAGAUCGCCUCUAUAUGGAACCUGAAAUUUCAUUCAAUGUAAAUUUUUGAUAUUAAUUUAAAUAAUUUGUUAAUGAUAUAAUUUAACACGUAUAAGACUGUGAUGUUAAAAGUUAAUACCACCUACGAAUUACUAUAGACAUUUGAUAUGCGAUUCCCGAAAGACGUGGACCAAUAUUUGAACAGAAUCGAAGCCAAGGUGAUAAGUGAGCAGGAAGAAGGAAUGGAGCUGGUUUUUGAUCUUGUCCAUGUCGAAGCACCUGUAGCCAAUGCAUUAAGACGUGUACUGUUGGCCGAAGUACCAACUAUGGCAAUUGAGAAGAUUUAUCUCUACCAAAACACUUCCGUUAUUCCAGUAAGUUACUUCUUGAGACUUUAUUGUUAUCGACCAUCAGUUGUGAACGAAAAACAAGUUUUCAUUUAUAAAUUCCAAUCUCCACGUUUUUAUAAGACAUCUUUAGGAUGAAGUUCUGUGCCACAGGAUAGGCUUGUUACCAGUAAAAGCAGACCCUCGAAAGUUUGAUUUCCCCUCAAAACCAUUCGUACCCAUCUCGGAUGGUGUUGAAGUAACUGAAGAGCCAGAAGGAAACGAGAACGAGCAUAUUAUCCUUGAAGUUAAUGUUAAGUGCACUACGAACAAAGAUUCUGAAAAAGGAGAAAAGGAUCCAGAAAAGGCAUUCCACAACUACAAACUCUACUCAGGACAGUUUGACUGGAUCCCAAUUGGUAAUCAAGCCAAAACCUUCAAGAAAAAUCAUUUGUCAAUGGUGCACGAUGAUAUUAUUGUAGCCAAACUGAGGCCUGGCCAAGAGGUUGAAGCUAGGUGAGGUCUUGAAGCAUAUAAAAUGUGUUUUCCUUUCUCUGUUUUUAUUCAACCCGUAUAUUUUUAACUUUAGAUGUCAUUGUGUGAAAGGCAUUGGCCGUGAUCAUGCCAAGUUUUCCCCGGUUUGCACCGCCACCUACAGAUUGUUACCAGAAAUUAUUUUGAAAAGUGAAGUUACCGGAGAGAAAGCGGAAAGGUUACAGACCUGCUUCUCAAAAGGAGUUAUUGAAUUGGAGGAGAAAAAGGGUAGGACAUUUUUAACCGUUAUUAUAAUAUGCUAACCAAAAGACGAAAAAUCUAGCCUUAAGGAUUUUCGCACUUUUAAGUUGAAUUAGUAAAGAAAGUAGAAUGUCGUUCAAGCUAGCAUACUUCUGGUGAUUUGCAGGAAAGAAAGUAGCUAAAGUAGUGGACGCCAGGAGGGACACUUGUAGCAGAAAUGUGUUCAGAUACGAAGACUUGAAGGAUCUAGUAGAACUGCGAAAGAAGAAGGACCACUUCAUCUUCAGCGUGGAAUCAACCGGAGCUCUGACCAGUCGAGAACUUGUUAAAGAAGCCUGUAAAGUCAUCAGAGAAAAGGCACACAACCUCCACAGUCUUUUUGACCAGAAGCUGAACGCUUUAAGCGAAAAGCAAGCCUAA